AUGUCCCUGGAGGAAGAUGAACAGGAGGAAAGCAAAGGUUCCAUGGACACCGAGGAGUAUCGGGACACAGUGACCAAACUGCUCGAGGAGUUUGAUACAUUGCAGCGGAAAUCACUUGACUUUGUACAUGCUAUGAACUUUGUUGGACUUACAAAGUCACUUCUUCAGGAGAUGAGACAAAAAGGCUGGGAUGCUUUGGUAAGAGAUGUGGAAUCUUUUUGUGAAAAACAUGAUAUUGAUAUGCCUGAUAUGAAUGCUUGUUAUAAGGAUGGUACAGGUCGUCGUUGCCAACAAAGAGGUUUCAUUACAGUUGAGCAUCAUUACCAUAUGGAUGUAUUCAAUGCCUUGGUUGAUUUUCAGUUGAGUGAGUUGAAUAGAAGAUUCUCAGACCAAGCAUCAGAACUCCUUAUACUUUGUUCAACCUUGGAUCCUCGUGAUAACUUCAGGAAUUUUAAAAUUGAAGAUAUUUGCAAUCUUGCAAAGAAGUUUUAUCCUGAAGAUUUUGAUGAUAGUGAAAUGUUUGCUCUGGAAUUAGAGUGUGCAUAUUAUGAAAAAGAUAUGCGUAGUGAUCCAAAAUUCCAGAAUUUGGAAUCCAUUUCUGAUCUGUGCCGGACCUUGGUUCAAACAAGCAAGUCAGAAUUUUUCCCUAUGCUUCAUAGAUUGAUUUGUCUGAUUUUGACUAUUCCUGUUUCUACGGCAACCACUGAAAGAGCAUAUUCAUCUAUGAACAUUGUUAAGAGUAAACUUAGAAACAAGAUGGAAGAUGAGUUUCUUGGUGAUUGUAUGGUCCUUCACAUUGAGAAAGACUAUGCUGAAUCUAUUACCAAUGAUGAGCAUCAUCAGGAGUUGACAAAAAGGGCUAUCUUUUGUUGUGUCAUUUCUUUCAAAAUAUGCCUUCACCUGGAAACAGAAAAGCUUCUUAAUAACCUUUCCCCUUCUAAAGAAGAAACUCACCCAGCUAAGAUUCCAAAUAAAUACAACAUUAGAAUGGCAUUACAUUGGCUUGUACAAGGAUGCCAACCAGGUGACUCCCUUGUGUUUCACUACUCUGGUCAUGGUUCACGGCAGAGGGCUUAUCAUGAGGAUGAAGUUGAUGGAUAUGAUGAAACCCUUUGUCCCCUUGACUUCGAAACCCAGGGUAUGAUUGUCGAUGAUGAGAUAAAUGCAACAAUUGUUAGGCCCCUUCCACAUGGGGUCAAGCUUCAUGCAAUUAUAGACUCCUGUCAUAGUGGCACUGUACUGGAUUUGCCAUUCCUUUGCAGAAUGGACAGGGGUGGAAAAUAUGUAUGGGAGGAUCAUCGCCCUCGAUCAGGCAUGUGGAAAGGAACAAGUGGUGGAGAAGUUAUAUCUAUCAGUGGUUGUGAUGACGAUCAAACCUCUGCUGAUACAUCAGCUCUAUCCAAGAUCACAUCAACCGGUGCCAUGACUUUGUGCUUCAUCCAAGCAAUCGAGCGUGGACAGGCAGCCACAUAUGGGAGCAUACUCAAUUCUAUGCGUAAUACCAUUCGAAGUACGGGUUCUGGCGGUGGUGGUGGUGGUAGUGCUGUUGCUUCUCUCCUUGGUGGUAGUGGAGGUGCUGUUACAUCGCUUGUCGGCAUGCUUCUAACAGGCGGAAGUGUUGGUGGUGGUGGGCUAAGACAGGAGCCUCAAUUAACUGCCUGUGAGCCGUUCGAUGUGUACACGAAACCUUUCACCCUAUGAUCUUUUAUCUGUCUACACAUAUCAACACUUCCUGUAUUUUAGUCUAUAGAUAUUUGUGAAACAACUUGAUGGGUAAUGAAUAUAUUUAACAUUCUUUUAUGUUUCCUAUUGAUAGGAUACCCUUGUUUGCACUGCUCCUUACCUUUGGUAUAGCUGUCCUCUGUUCCUAAGAUGUUUAUGGUGAAACAGGAUAUGCAUCUGACAUCCCCAGUGUAUGAAAUU